AGCUCUUAAAGCAAAUUCUUGAUUUUUCUUACUUAAGUUUGUUGUGGCAGAAGCAGAUUGAUUUCGUCCAGAUGACCUCAGAUAGUAAGCAAACUGUUGUCUCCACAGACUGGUUGAAUGAUCAGUUGAGAAAAAAAAAAGGUGGCUUUGCAGUUUUGGACGUGACAUGGUUCAGCGACAAGAAUGUUAUCCACAAUUUCUCAAAGAAACAUUUAAUGCAUGCUUCGCAGAUGGACAUCUUCUUUGGAGUAGAAAAUACCCCUUUGUAUCCACGAAAUAUUCCUGAUGCACCAACCUUCCAGAUGAAUGCAAGAGGCAGCGCAGUGAAUAGUGCUGAUCAUGUUGUUGUUUAUGAAAACACGGGAAAGUUUGGAUUUUUUGCAGGUGCAAGAGCUUGGUGGCUGUUUAAGCUGUUUGGACAUGAAAAUGUUUCAGUUCUGGAUGGAGGUUUGGAAAAGUGGAUUGCUGAUGGACAUGAAACAACAAAUAUCAUGUUCAAAAAAAUGGAGGGUGAUUUUACAGCAAAGUUGACUCCAAGAUGGCUAAAGAGGUUUGAAGACAUGAAAGAAAACCUUACAUUGCAGAAAGUCCAAGUUUGUGACAGCCGAGAUCCUAGCUUAUUCAUAAGAUCAGCCAAUGAUCCCAAGACUGGCCAUUAUCCUGGUGCUGUGAAUAUUCCCUUCCCUAGGCUGUUUGAUCCUGAAUCUAAGAGUCUUAAAAAACUGGAUGACUUGAAGAAAGUUUUUAUUGAUGCAGGGAUUGACCUCAGCAAACCAUUGAUAGGCAUGUGUAAUAGUGGCAUGUCAUCUUGUUCUUUGGUACUCGCUGCCCAUCUCUGUGGAUGUCAUGAAGUGGCAGUUUACCAU